AUGGACCAGAAUUAUUUGAAUGAAUUUGAUAGCGUUUCGAUAGUUGAUGACGCUAAACCAAGUGCUGACCUUAGCAUGAAUAAAGAAAUUGAGCCUAACCAACCUCCACCGCCCCAGAAGAAGAAGCGAACUCAGCAGCCAAAAAGGAAAGCUGCAGCGGAUAGAUUUCGCCGUGAGAUGGAGUAUAUUGGUGUUUCACUGAACAACAUCAUUCCUACCACGCUGAAGCAAGCCGCUGUGGACAGUUCGAGUUCGUCGUCAAGCGACGACGGACAGCGACGUAGUAAGAAGAAAGCUGUAAAACGUAUCACCCCGAACGUGCGACGUACGCCAGUGCAUGUACAAACGGUGGCCGAAGGAAGAUCGAGGCGCACCGUGAAAAAGGUGGAUUACAAGUUCUCUGAGUUCGAUUCUGUCAUUAAAGAGGCGUGUAGGUUGAAUGAAUCGCCCCCUCCUCCCGAUACCAUGAAAGAGGUCGCUCGCCCCCAGGGUGGUGCUGGGAGAGGGAAAGAUAUGGCAAAUAUUAUUGAAGCUCAAAAGCAACGGGAAGAUGGUACUCCAAGGGUUUCCGCUGGAGCACCACCCCGUCAUAUGCCCAAACAUCGCCGUAGAUUGAACGAUUUGAAUGUCAAUGAUGAGUCAGAUUCGGAUACUGAUGAGUAUAAGGCGAACGAGUCUGAUGAAGAAGCUGCUGAAGAAGAUGCCCAAUCCUCUUCGGAUUACGUGCCGUCGGAAAGUGAACUUCGUAAGGAGAGAUCCGGCGGAGGAGGGCGCAUUUCGCUGAAGCCGACUCAGAGUGAUGAAGAUUUCGUCGUUUCGGGAUCCGACGAUAGCUAUGUAGGGCCCAGGCGUAAGAAACGCAAGGUUAAGGAAAAAUCACGCAAGCGAGGACGCUGGCAGUCAGACAGUGAAUCAGAAGAGGAGGACGAGGAGGAGGACGAAACGUAUUCGGAUGAUUCCGCAGUGAGGAAAAGGAAAGGCAAGAAACGGGUUGAACCGUCGAGUGAAGAGUCGAAUGAUGAACUUGAUGACGACUUGGAAAUGGAUGAAGAGGAUAGUGAUGCUCCUCGUACCCGCACAGGAAGGCCCCUUCGGAAAGCUGUCGUUAAGUCGAAGAAAGCAUUGCUUGAAGACAGCGAUGAUGAUGGUGAAAGUAGUGGAGAAGAGGACGCGGAAAUUGGCGAGCCAGGACAGCAGAAAAACGCACCACCAGUGACUAAAGGCAAAAAACGAAAGGCUGUUUCCGAUUCCGAAUCGGAUGUUUUCGUGCCUGACGAAGAUGCUGAAAAUGACGAUGAUGAAGACGAUGAAGAAAUAGAGGAAGAUGAAGAAACGUCGCGUGAAACGGCUGCCCCUGCAAAGACGGCAGCUCCUGCAAAGGCGGCAGCCCCUGCAGUGACGACAGCCCCUGUUACUAAAGAGAAUAACACCGAGGAUUCAGAGGACAGCGAAAAUGAUUUGGAAUUGAAACCUAAGCCGAAAAAGUUGAAGAUGGAUGCUACACCGGAUGAGGCGUCCAGUGCCAAACCAUCCGAUGUUAAUCCACCGGAAGUCGCUAAACCACCAGAGGUCACCAAACCCCCUGAACCCGCCAAACCACUUGUGGUCACCAAACCACCUGAAGUCGCCAAACCCGCAGAAGUCGCCAAACCACCAGUCAAACCACCUGAAGUGGCUAAUAAUGUUACACAAGGCGAGGAGAAGCCAAAGCCCAUACCUGCUGCCCCACCUCCGACAUCCACACCAAAGACUACCGCUGAAUCGGCAGAAGUGAAACCGAAUAUAACCAAGACUGUUCCAUCUUCGUCUUCUCCGACAGUUACACCUUCCCCUGCAGCUGUUGUGACCACCACUGAAGAGAAACCUCGCGUAGCCGCCAAAGUUCAAACACCAACGCCACCGAAUCCUUACGUGGCUACAACGAUCACAACAGCAACAAAAGUGCCAGUAGCUGAAGCACCUCCGUCGGCACCGGCGACGGUCCGACCUCAAGUAGUUCCUCCUGCAGCUCCCACUCCUCCGUAUGCAGCCGGUGACAGAGGCGCGAAUGUUAAUUUAACUCCGCUCGUACCGAAUCCGUAUGCGAACGCAACUCCAUUGUCUCAAAUGCCUUAUUGUGCGGGUCCACAAGCUGCAAUGCCGUAUGCUGUAGCCAAUCCAUAUAUGCCGUAUCCACCGAAUGCUCCUCCUUUCCCACCAGGACCGCCGCCAAUGGGUCAUCCUCAUAUUGGAUACAUACCAGGAGUGGUACCGAAUCCAUACGGACAGCAGUCAAGCAUGCCACCUUCGAAGAGUGGUACUCGCGACCUUCGUACAUUGUGA